UCUUCUCUUUUUUACUGCAAGCCAAAACUGGAUGUAAGAACGUCACAUGUUGUUUUCUCUCUCAGCGCAGUCACUGUGGUGUUAUUUGGUGCUUAACUGUUGCAGAUAGCGGACGGGAAUACCGGUGUCGGGUAAUGGAAUAAGUAAAGCGGAUUUUUCGGUGCUUUGGAAAAUAGCUCAAAACAACUUCUCUAAAAGUAAGUGAAGCGUGCGCAUCAGAAUGGCGAGUCCUCAAACGAAUGGAGGACACUUGUUGUCUAAUGUGACCAAUAACAUUAAGAAAUGUGGAUAUCUAAAGAAACAGAAGCAUGGACACAGACGUUUUUUCGUGUUGAGAGAACCCAGCGAAAGCUUUCCUGCCCGCCUGGAAUACUACGAGAGCGAGAAGAAGUGGAAAAACAAGUCGGCUGCUAAAAGGGUGAUACUGCUGGACUCCUGUCUUUGCAUAAACAAGCGAGCGGACUCCAAGCACAAACACCUCAUCGCCUUUUACACCAAGGACGAAUACUUUGCAGUGGCAGCCGAGAACGAGCAGGAGCAGGAGAGCUGGUUUCGAGUGUUGUCGGAUUUGGUCGAAGAGGGGAAAGUCUAUGACAGCCCCGCGUCUAAUUCCACCUCUCUUUUCUGUUUUGAGGAGGCGAAUUACAGUAUGAUCACGCCGGCCACUACCUUUUGCAAGGAGGUAUGGCAAGUGAAUUUGAAAUCCAGAGGACUGGGUCAAACAAAACAUUUGACAGGGGUGUUUAGGCUAUGUUUAUCCAGUCGGACUAUCAGCUUUGUGAAACUGAACUCGGAGGUUGCAGCUGUCAGUUUACAGCUCAUGAAUAUCCGGAGAUGUGGCCACUCCGACAGCUUUUUCUUCAUCGAGGUUGGUAGAUCGGCUGUCACUGGCCCUGGUGAGCUCUGGAUGCAGGCGGAUGACUCGGUGGUUGCGCAAAACAUCCACGAGACCAUCCUGGAGGCGAUGAAAGCCAUGAAAGAGCUGUCAGAAUCAAGACCGCGCAGCAAGAGUCAGUCGGCUAGCACCAACCCCAUUUCCGUGCCCACAAGACGCAACUUGAACAAUCUGCCUCCAAGUCAGACAGGGUUGGUGAGGAGGUCGAGAACAAACAGCAUAGUGGCCACAUCCCCAAUGAGCAAGUUCACAUCCAGUCGGAUAAGGACAGCUAGUGAGGGGGAUGGCAGCAUGGUCAGGCCAGUGUCUAUGUCAAUAUCUAUGAGCGGGAGCCCCACCAGUCCCCUCUCCAACCGGAACCCUCUGAGCAGGUCCAAUACGCUCUCCACUGGCCGCACCUGCCAGAUACUGGAGUCCAGCCUCCAGCACAGCCGCUCCAUGCCCAUCUCCAACUCCCCUCCCUCAGUCUGCAGUUCCAUCUGUCUCUCCCCCAUGAGUGGGACCCUCCCCACCCCUGAUGCGGCCCACCGCCCCUUCAGCUGCAGCGCCUCUAUCUCAGGCUCCCUCAGCGACGCAAGCUUCAUGCUAUGCAAUGAGCACAGCGCCAGCCCAGGCGACACCUCCAUUCUCCUACCCCUCACCAGGAGUGACACCCACGACUCCCUCUCCAGCACUCCUCCCUCCCGGGAGGCCAACGAUCUGUGUGGCUACAUGAUUAUGGACAGGACCAAUGACCAACGGCAGGUGUGCCAGGAGGAGGACUUGACAUCGGAGAAGGCGUACAGGAAGAGAACAUACUCUCUCACCACACCACGCCAUCAGCGGGUGCCCGCCCAGCUGUCCUCUGCCUCGUUGGAUGAGUACACCCUAAUGCGGGCUGCCCACCACACCAACAGCGGGCACCACUCUGGGCGCAGCUCCAUCUCCGCCUCCCCAAAGGUGUCCUACCCCAAAUCCAAUGGUAACCAAGUAAGGGAUGAUGGCUAUAUGCCUAUGAUGGCGGGCGUGGCAGCACCGCCCAGGUGCAACAACAGCAAAGCAGAUGCUUACAUGCCCAUGAGCCCCAUGUGUGUCUCGGCUCCCAAGCAGAUCAUUAACCCCUUGGCCCAAAACCACCAGUACGAGGCCGGCGACCAGACCAACUCACCCAGCAGCGGAGGCUCCUUGGAGGACAGAGGUUACAUGAGGAUGUGGUGCGGCUCCAAGUCUUCUGUUGAAAGCCCAGACAGCCGCUCGACCUACAUGAACAUGUCCUCUUGCAACGCCGCUUACACCACCUCGCAGACCCCUCCGGACUACUUCCUAGACCAGCUUCCGGGUCGUGGGCCUUCCAUCUACUCCACAGACUCCCUUCCACGCCCCAUCAAACUCCACCAGACUUCCAAGGAGGCGGGGGACACUGGUGACCAGUACGUCCUGAUGAGCCCGCAAGGCCAUCAGUCGCUAGGUAGGGAGUCAGAUGACUACUACUCAGUGAUGACCAAUCCGGCCCCGCCCAACUCCUCGGUGCCCUCGCCAAUCAGACAGAGCCGGUGGACUGAGAGCCUGACAUCCCACCGGGGGAGAAUGGGGCGACCCAACCGGCUAUCUCUGGACAGCUGUAGGAUCCUACCCAGCAUGAACGAGCACCUCUUGCCCGGGGAACCCAGGAGCCCGGGCGAGUAUAUCAACAUAGACUUCAGUGAGGGCACCAAGUACUCCCCGCCGUCAGCAUCCAAUGAGAGCCAGGAGUCGUCUCUGGGCUCCAGCGGCGGCCAGCCGAGGUCCCCUUUCUCCGACUACAUGAACCUGCACCACGUCGUCUCACACUCACCCAAGGCCGGAGACACCCCUGACGGACGGUUGGACACGGUCCCUGAGUCAUCCCUGUGCCCUUGUCCGGAUGGGGAGGGAGUGUACCGUCUCAGAUCGAAGAUGGAUUCCAAGUGCCCCCAGAGAGGCAAGGAUGAGUACACCGAGAUGACAUUUGGACUUGGAAUGGCCAACAUGCCUCCCCAGUUCCUCCCUCAGACCUCAACAAGCCCCAGUGCCAGAGAGAAGAGGCUAUCCCUGGGUGAGCAGGGCCUCCCGGGGGGCAUGGGGGUGUUCCUCCUUGGUUCGGCCACCCCCGUGGAUCCUGACAGGGCCGCCAAGGUGAUCCGGGCCGACCCCCAUGGCCGCAGGCGGCACAGCUCUGAAACCUUCUCCUCUACGGCUACCGUCACCCCCGUGUUCCCCUCGUUCGCCCAUGGGGACGCCAAACACCACAGCUCGGUGGAGAACCUGUCGGUGCGGAGCAGCGAGAGCUCAGACGAGGAGUGUGGCAGCCCCAUGAGUAGAGCGAUCUCUGGGGGCUUCCAGAAUGGACUGAACUAUAUUGCCCUGAACCUGAUGGAGGACAGGGACCUGGAGGGACCUUGUUGCGAAGACCUGACCACGGUCAGCUUUAAGCCGGCCAGCAGCUGCAAGGGAGCCCUCCAUGGAUUACAUGUCGCGCCGUACGUCUGUUUGGGGUUCAAGGAGGCGGUCACCUCUGUUAAAGACUGAACAGGACAGUGGACAAUCCAAGCCCUCAUCAUCCUUGCUCUGAGACGGACAGUCAUACAUUGGGGUGGCCGAGACAACCUGCUGCUGUAAAUGAAGUCAGUCUGUGGCUCGUGACCCAACAAACACCCCCGCCAUGACUAACUCUCUCGCCCAAUCCUAACACUGGUGCUGUCCCAGAGACUCUGUACUAAAAAGUAGAUUGGGGGGGGGGGGAAGAGCAGAGGCUCCUAUAUGUGGCUAGAGGCUAUAUUUCUAGCUCUGUUUAUUUGUUUAGAAUUUUCCCUUUGGUUUUUGGUUGUGGCUCGAGAAGCCUGUUUGACCCCCAGGACAUGUGAAGCAAACCCUGGUAAGGCACAGUAUGUGUACUUAAACCCCCCCCACACACACACGGUACGCAGAUAUUAUUUAUUUGCUUACAUGAGUAUGGAUGGGUCAAAGUUUGUCUGUGUGUGUAAAAACGGACACCAUGACCGUUUCAGUAACACAUUCACUAACAAACCGUUUAAAAUAAUCCAAUCCCUACCUCAGAAACGUAUAGAUAUAUUUAGGUUAUAUUUAUUUUGGAAUGUUUCAUUUAGACCAACCCAAAGCCUUGUCUCUGAGGUUGUAUUUGUACUGCACAACAAAGAAAAUCUGAUUUAUUCUACUAUUUUCUUAAAUCUAAUUUAAUUUUAGCAAGCUUUAUCAUGAUAUAGUUGAAGUCGGAAGUUUACAUACAUUUAAAUGGAAUUUUUCACAAUUCCUGACAUUUAAUCCUAGUAAAAAUGUUGGGUAGCCUCCCAUAAGCUUCCCACAAUAAGUUGGGUGAAUGUUGGCCCAUUCCUCCUGACAGAGUUGGUGUAACUGAGUCAGGUUUGUAGGCCUCCUUGCUCGCACACGCUUUUUCAGUUCUGCCCACAAAUAUUCUAUAGGAUUGAGGUCAGGGCUUUGUGAUUGCCACUCCAAUACCUUGACUUUGUCCUUAAGCCAUUUUGCCACAACUUUGGAAGUAUGCUUGGAGUCAUUGUCCAUUUGAGAUGUUGCUUCAAUAUAUCCACCAAAUUUUCCAGCCUCAUGAUGCCAUCUAUUUUGUGAAGUGCACCAGUUCUUCCUGCAGCAAAGCACUCCCACAACAUGAUGCUGCCACCCCCGUGCUUCACGGUUGGGAUGAUGUUCUUCGGCUUGCAAGACUACCCUUUUUUCCUCCAAACAUAGCGAUGGUCAUUAUGGCCAAACAGUUCUAUUUUUGUUUCAUCAGACCAGAGGACAUUUCUCCAAAAAGUAUGAUCUUUGUCCCCAUGUGCAGUUGCAAAUCGUAGUCUGGUUUUUAAUAGUGGUUUUUGAGCCAUGGCCUCUUCCUUGCUGAGUGGCCUUUCAGGUUAUGUCGAUAUAGGACUCAUUUUACUGUGGAUAUAGAUACUUUUGUACCUGUUUCCUCCAGCAUCUUCACAAAGUACUUUGCUGCUGUUCUGGGAUAGAUUUGCACUUUUCGCACCAAAGUACGUUCAUCUCUAGGAGACAGAACACGUCUCCUUCCUGAGCGGUAUGACGGCUGCAUGGUCCCAUGGUGUUUAUACUUGCGUACUAUUGUUUGUACAGAUGAACAUGGUACCUUCAGGCAUUUGGAAAUUUCUCCCAAGGAUGAGCCAGACUUGUGGAGGUCUACAAUUGUUAUCUGAGGUCUUGGCUGAUUUAUUUUGAUUUUCCCAUGAUGUCAAGCAAAGAGGCACUAGGUUUGGUAGGCCUUGAAAUACAUCCACAGGUACACCUCCAAUUGACUCAAAUUAUGUCAAUUAGCCUAUCAGAAGCUUCUAAAGCCAUGACAUGAUUUUCUGGAAUUUUCCAAGCUGUUUAAAGGCACAGUCAACAUAGUGGAUGUAAACUUCUGACCCACUGGAAUUGUGAUAGUGAGUUAUAAGCGAAAUAAUCUGUCUGUAAACAAUUGUUGGAAAAAUGACGUGUCAUGCACAAAGUAGAUAUCCUAACCGACUUGCCAAAACUAUAGUUUGUUAACAAGAAAUGUGUGGAAUGGUUGAAAAAUUAGUUUUAAUUACUCCAAACCUAAGUUUAUGUAAACUUCCGACUUCAACUGUGUUUGAUAUUUUGAGGAUAAUAAUAUGAUACAAUUUAAAAGGAUUUAUUACUAGUUUCAGUUAGAUGAGCAAUGCAUAUUAAAGUACAUUCAUGUAGGAAGGACGCAAAGAUGUUGGUCUGUGUACUUCCUAGUAGAAGUCAGAUCCUCCUCUAUCCCAGGCAUUUACUGUAUAUGCAAUACAUUACCCAUAAUCCCUAGCUCUAACCUGAUUACAUGGUAGAACAUCUCAAUGAUAUAUGUAUAUGGGGUAGAACCACAUGAUUUUGGUUCAUGGGGAUUGCCACUGCUGCGGUAAGCACGAGGAGUACCUAGUGCCAGGGUCCUGUUCAUUAGGCAUAAAAUGGACUGAAACAACCAGAGUACUUGGACUUAAACGUUUGGUGCCCUAAUGAACACUACCCAAUUUUCACACCUAUUUCUCAGAUUGUAAUACACUAGAGACACAUCUGAAUGUAGUAGAAAACGACAAUUGAAAAUUAAGUGGGAGGGGUAGACAUUCAUCAAUCUGUAUUAUUUAAUAUGUACUACACUUACGGUUUAUUUUCUCUGCAAAGGCCUUUUUGUGUAGAUGUACAUAAGAGUUUAUCUGAAAUAGGCUGUCGAUUUUUGAAGAGAUACAUUUAGUCAUGUUGCAAUGAAAUUACUAAACAAUGUAAAGAAAAUAUUUUUCAAAACUAUAUGUUAUUGGAUUGUAAAAUGUAUGCUUUUACCUCCUCACAGUAACUUGUGAAUACAUCUAUAAUAUUUAAAAAGAGAUAUCUCCAGUAUAUUUUGUUAUCUUUGCCUUGCCGAUAACAAUUUACCCAUAUGGCAUAUGCAACAGUGAAAUACAUUAACUUAGUUUGGAACCAAAUGUUGAAAUAUUUGUAAAUAAAAAAGGAAUUAAGGAAAC